AUGAAACACGAGCCAAGGAAAGUUUUACCAGGACUAGAGUUGAGCUGUUUUGUUGAAGUGCUUUUCACGGAAGAUGUUGAACUUAAUGACGAACUCAUACUUAUUAUCGAUAACGACCAAUUCAAGAUACCGAUUAAUGCGCUUACUUUUGACUCUCACAAAGAAGCUGAAGUUGCUGUUCGUGGAACUGUUGUUGAACCAAGGCUGGUAUUAACUGAGCUUCGUGACAAGGCAAAUGCAACUCUACAAUGUCAGUCCAUUACCUCAACCGCCCAGGUCAUAGUAAUUACAAAAGCUGUUCCCGUGGAGCUCCAUAUUCACAGAGAUUUCGGACCUGACACAAAUGAGGACGAACAGGUUGAUCCUAACACGAAAGGAAUUAACGACGAGGGUCGAGCCAGGGAAUCCCUAGAUCUGCAAUAUGGUGUGUGCGUCGUUGGAGAAAGUCGGUCGCAGAACCUCAGGUUUAUCAAUGGAAGUAGUGAGCUGCCAAUCAAAUUUAUCCUGCCAAAGGUUGCCCACUUUGUACCUGAACCGGCCGCAGGUGUAAUCGAACCAGGAAAGAGCGUUCGAAUAACCAUUAACUUUCUUCCAAAGCAGCAAGGUGUGUUCCGCAUAAAACAACGCGUGCUUGUCGUGGGAAAGGUAGCCAGCAGACGAAAAAUGAAGGACGUCGUUAUUUUCGAGGACUUUGUGACCCUAUUUGGCGAGGGCGUUGUACAAACACGCAAACCGGUAACCAAAUUCAAUGAUGGUUAG